GGCGGCGGUGUAGCUCAUAACCUCGGAGGAAGCUGCUCUAACAGCAACAGCGAUUUUUAGGGAUGGCGGCAGCUGCAGCAGAACCUGCAACAGCCCAGAAGUUUUUCCGGAGCUUCUCAGAUGCUCUGAUCCAGGAGGACCCCCAGGCGGCGUUAGAGGAGCUGAUUAAGGCUUUGGAACAGAAACCAGAUGAUGCUCAAUAUUAUUGUCAAAGAGCUUAUUGUCACAUUCUUCUUGGGAAUUACUGUGAUGCUGUUGCUGAUGCAAAGAAAUCUCUUGAACUUAAUCCAAAUAAUUCCACUGCUAUGGUGAGAAAAGGGAUAUGUGAAUACCAUGAAAAAAACUAUGCUGCUGCUUUAGAAACUUUUAUAGGAGGACAGAAAUUAGAUAGUACAGAUCCUGAUUUCACUGUCUGGAUUAAAAGGUGUCAAGAGGCCCAGAAUGGAUCACAAUCUGAGGUGUGUGCAUCCCAAAGAACUCAUCAGUCAAAAAUCAAGUAUGACUGGUAUCAAACAGAAUCUCAAGUAAUCAUUACACUUAUGAUCAAGAAUGUUCAGAAGAAUAAUGUAAAUGUGGAAUUUUCAGAAAAAGAGUUGUCUGCUUUGGUGAAACUUCCUUCUGGAGAGGAUUACAGUUUGCAACUGAGACUUCUUCAUCCUAUAAUCCCAGAACAGAGCACAUUUAAAGUACUUUCAACCAAGAUUGAAAUUAAAAUGAAAAAGACAGAGGCUGUGAGAUGGGAAAAGCUAGAGGGGCAAGGAGAUGUGCCUAAACCAAAACAGUUCAUAGCAGAUGUAAAGAAGUUAUAUCCAUCAUCAUCUCAUUAUACAAGAAAUCGGGAUAAAUUGGUUGGUGAGAUCAAAGAAGAAGAAAAAAAUGAGAAGUUGGAGGGAGAUGCAGCUUUAAACAAAUUAUUUCAGCAGAUCUAUUCAGAUGGUUUUGAUGAAGUGAAACGUGCUAUGAACAAAUCAUUUAUGGAGUCUGGUGGUACAGUUUUGAGUACCAACUGA